AUGUUAACAUAUUCCAUUAGAUGGGUACCAACAGCAGCCGUUGUCCUUGUAUAUCUCACGCAAUGCACGAAUACAUCGACUGUCUCUUUGCUCAACCUAAUGCCGAAAUGCGCUUCGGAAUGUGUCGAAAGUUUUAUAAGCACCGAAUAUCCAAAAGACGCUUGCUCGAAAGGCUGUGACCUGAAUUAUCUGUGCAAGAAGAAUACAACGAGCGGGUACACUUUGGGGGAAGCCGCCUUGCGAUGUAGUCUGUCAUUGUGCUCAUUGGAGGUGGCAAUGAGCUUCGAUACCUACAGCAUCUGCAAUUCUGUACCGGGAGCCCUGCCGCAGACGCACCCUACGAUUGUUGCUACAAUCGAGUCGCCCCCUAAUCCUACUUCUACGACAAGGCACACUACAAUCCUCACCACACAUGCAGAAACAACAACCACGCAUCCGACAACAGAGUCAUCAACAGAAUCAUCAACAGAAUCAUCAUCAUCAUCAUCGUCAACAACAACAACAUUCGAGAAUUCAACAUCGGCCACGGACAGUACCACUCACACUUCUAGCACGGAGAUCGAAGAGCCAACACCGACAACGUCAACAAAUUCGUCGCCUAGCGCGACCUCCGAUGAAACCUCUGGCGCAUCUACGCAAGGCAGUAGCCUUAACUCUGGCGCUGUUAUUGGUGUCUCCGUCGCGUCCGGCAUCGCGGGCUUUUUCAUUAUCGGCGUCAUCAUUUUUUUCUGUUGUCGAAAGAUCAGGAGGAAAGCACAAGACCGAGAAUUCUUUGAGAUUGGCGGGCACAUGUCAGAGCCUCCAGACUUCAGUUUUCCACCAAGACGUCCUCCAAUGGGACCUCGACCAUCACCUGGAACACUCAAUCCUGAAUCUGAGAGCGCUAGACUCGUCCCUCCGGAGGAUGCUGAAUACCAACCCCCAGCUCACUAUCCUGCAGUCGUUGUUACCCAGCCGGGAGAAGACUAUGGAUACCGCCACACGUCAGCAAACAACACAGACAGGACGGGCGUCCAGUCUCCUUCCAAUCUUGAUUUUGAUGCCGCCUCGAUUGCCUCCUCUAGAACGGUGUCUGAUUUGCUUCCAGACAAACCAACAUAUGAACUCUAUCCCAGACCACUUCGGUGGAGCCAGCACAAGAAACCCAGACCCUCCAGCGGGGCGACCUUUUCUGAAGAAGAGAACUACACAGGGUCAAGAAAGCUCCCUAGUCCUCCACUGCAGAAAUCCGGUUUUGCACCAGAGAAUGGGAAGGGCAAGAAUCGGGUUCCGAUGGCAGGACUACCUCCCAAUCCACGUGCAAUGAUGUAUGGGUUUGGGGGACCGGGCCAAAUGGCGGCUACGAAAGGAACCAGCAUUGGUAAAAGACCGGUUUAUUCAAAUGCCAAAGAGAAUCUUCAGCCGUCUCGGCAACCAGCUCUCCAGGGAACACUCCCAUACCGGCCAGGUCAUAUGGAUUAUGAUGACGAUCUUGAUGGAUACUGGCAAAAGUCCGACGCUGGUUUCGUUGGAGCUAAAGUGAUUCAACCUCACGGUGCAGCGCGGCGUGCCGGGAUGGAUCAGAACUCUUCUAGCCAUUAUCCGGGGUAUGAUUUUGAGUUCGGGUUUGGUGACCACAACAACAUCGGUUCAGAUUCUCGCCGGGCAUCGCGCUACUCUGGUGGUUUCCGCCCACUAACCCCUGUACGGGAAAUUCGUACACCGAUGGGCGAGCUUCAGGAUCCAAUGAGAGAAGAUUCGAGUGCUCGGGGCAACUCGGUGAGGUAUCCUGAUGGGGAUCUCAAUAAACAACCUCAAGAAGUCAUUUCACGGCCCCGGAUCGUCCGACAAGAUGACAUCAAACGAGUUCAGAUACGACGCGGCAAGGUAUCACCCAAAGAGGUGACUGUUCCUUAUUGCCCCGACGACUACUGGCUGGAACAGAGUAAUGAGCAGCCAACUGUAUACAACGCACCUAGGAACUCUGGCGAGUACAAUAGUGCUCCGAAAGGAAAGCUGGGCAUGCCUAAGAAGAAGCCGUCUCCUUGGGAGCGUAACCUGACACCAUCGCGAAAGGGCGCAGACUUGAUCCUCCAGGUGGAAUAA